AUGAAAAGUAGUAAAAAUAUUAGAAAUUUAAAAUGCUCUUUAACGAGUAGUAUAUUUUCAAAAUUUUCAGUUACACCUUUUUUGAAAAUUCACUCUGACGAAGUCUACAGAAAUUCAAUAUCUAGACAAUAUUUAAGUGAUAAUACAGCACAAAAAGAUUUACUUAAGAGUAAUAUUUAUUAUAAAUUAGCUAACCUUUAUAAAGGUGAAAGAAAAAAAUAUGAAAUAUUUCUUUUGAAUGAAUUACUCGGCGAAUGUGGAUUUAACAAGGCGGUAUUUUUAUUGGAAGAUAAAUUAAAAUAUAAAAUUCUUAAUUCAGAUAUUAAAAUUUUAAAAAGAGUAAGUAUCGCAGACAAAUUAAUGUCUAUAAUUGAACCUUUUCCCAAUGAAUCAAUCUGUUUAAACCAUAUUAAUAAAAACAGGACAUUAACUGUGGAUAAAAUUAGAAAUACAAUUGAAAGACAUUUUUUAGCAUGGAAAUUGAAUGUAGAUUAUCGAAUGAUAAACAAAUGUUUUAGUUCAUAUUCACUUCUAUUACUGAAAGGUAGAAGUCUAAAUACUUUAAAGCAAAAUGUUGAUGCUAUAAAUACAGAAAACAGUACAAAACUUGAAGAUGAAUUAUUUGAAACAUGGGUUGAUAUGUCAUUUGUAAAAAAUAUAUUUUUAUCAGUUCCUUUCCCUGUUGCAAAUACAAUAAGUUUGGAUUUUACUAAUGAACAAAUAAAAGCUGGUGUGCCUUAUUUUAAAAGAGGAUUAAAACGUUUUUUUUCAACAGUACUUUUUUUACAUUCUCAUCCUACUCUUAGUAAUUUUAAAAGUCAUGAAAAAUUUUUAAAGUUGGUUGAAAUGCCUGAAUCAAUAUUAAAUCUUUCAAAUCAAGAUGCUGAACAGGAAAUAUUAGAAUAUCUCAAUUCAGGAAAUACAUAUUAUUCACCUAGAAAAUUAGGGAUUUCAGAAAAAACAUUUUCAUUUUUAACAAGACAUCCUAGAUUAUCAAUGUCUUCAUUUCCUACAAUUAUUGACACAUUAGAUUACCUGAAAACUGAAUACAGCGAAGAUGAAAUUAUUGAGGCUUUAUUUAUUGUGCUUUAUCCAAAACACAGUAUUAUCGAUUGCAUUAAUAGAAUAAAAGAAAAUGAAGAACAUGUUAAAAAUUUAAAUGAUUUCGAAGAAACAAAUUUAUUUCAAUGUGGAACAAAAUCGAAAAAUAAAAUUCUUCAAUUAUGUUUGUACUAUUUAGAAAAACCUCAUAAUUUUUCCGGCGAUGGUAUAAAUGAUAAUCACUAG